AUGUUUUCAAUGAAACAGUUACUAAUUCUAGUAAUUCCAGUACUUGUCUUCUUUAGUCCAGUUUCUGGGUCGUAUGAUGACAAACGAUGCAAAUGUGUUUGUCCACGGCCAGCAGCACUAAACAACACUAUUGGGUCAGAUCGUACCCUUUAUAUUGGAAAUGUGCCACCCAACAAAUGUAACUGUGAUGGAAUCAUUCUUCCCCGUGUCGGAGAGUUGAUUAAAGGUCGUGAACAAGAGUUCUGUCCACAGUGUGAAUGUAUUUAUGAGAAUAGAAACACAACAAUAAUUCAGGUUGUCGUAAUUAUAGUUGUAUGGGUGAUAAUGUUACUUGUUGCAUACAUGGGAUUCUUAAUCUGUCUUGACCCUUUAAUAAACAAGAGAGCAAAGGCUUCAUACCAGGAACAUACAAAUGAAGAUGAUGAGGGUACACUUGGUGGGCCAUCUCAACAGAUGGGUGCUCGUGGCAAUGUUCUCAACCGUGUCACCCAUCAACAAGACAAAUGGAAGCGGCAAGUUCGUGAACAGAGGCGUAAUAUAUAUGAUAGACAUACCAUGUUGAAUUAG